AUGGCUUGCAUCUCCUCUAGAACUUACGGCACCGUGGCCGCGCCACCUGACCCGGCUUCUCUCCACGCCCGCCGUCAAUCAAUCCGGCGCUGGUCCAUCAUUGCCUCCUCCACCGUUCUCCUACUCAUUGUUGCCAUAGUCUCCGCUGUCAGCAUAACUCACAAUAAGUCUAGCAACAACGACGACGGCGAAAUCGGAGGGCCUUCACCCACCCUCUCCACCUCCGUCAAAGCUCUCUGCUCGUCAACCUUAUACCCAGCUUCAUGUUUAACUACUUUGAAUCCCAUAGCCAAUUCUUCUCAAGCUUUAGACCCAAUGAAACUCUUCCGCUUCUCAGUGCAAACAGCUAUUACCGAGCUCUCAAGUGCUUCAAACCGCCUCAAAAAUCUAGAUGUGAAAGCAACAACAAACAGUAAUUAUUCUUCACAGGCCCUCAGUGCCUGCUACGAGCUGAUAGAUCUCGCCAUUGACCAGCUCGACAAUUCCAUCUCUUCCUCCUCCUCCUCAAACCUCAUCACCGACGACGACGUCCGCUCGUGGAUGAGCGCUGCUAUUACCUACCAAGAAACAUGCAUCGACGCCUUCGAAGCCACGCCUCCAUAUCUCAAAGAUAUGGUUUCUCUCUCGCUGAAAAACUCUUCUGAGUUUGCGAGCAACAGCUUGGCUAUAUUUAACCAGGUUUCUAGCCUCUUCGGGUCGGUUGGUGGGGUCGUCAAUGGCGGCGAUUUUCCGUCGUGGGUGACGUCGAAGGAUCGGAAGCUUCUGCAGAAGUCGUCGGAGGAUCCGAGGGUUACGGCGGAUAUCGUGGUGGCGAAGGAUGGGUCUGGGAAGUACAAGACAAUCAAAGCUGCGCUUGCGGCGGUGCCUGAGAAGAGCAAGAAGAGGACGGUGAUAUAUGUGAAGAAAGGAGUGUAUUAUGAGAAUGUUAAGGUCGAGAAGUACACGUGGAAUUUGAUGAUGGUCGGCGAUGGUAUGGGCGCCACCGUCGUUUCCGGCAAUCUCAAUGUCGUCGACGGGACUCCCACCUUCCAGAGCGCUACAUUCGCGGUAUUCGGAAAAGGCUUCAUCGGGCGGGACAUGUGCUUCCGCAACACCGCCGGAGCGUCGAAACACCAGGCCGUAGCACUGAUGUCCGACUCCGACCAGUCCGCAUUCUACCGCUGCCGCUUCGACGCCUACCAAGACACUCUCUACACCCACUCCAUGCGCCAAUUCUACCGGGACUGCGACAUCUACGGCACCGUCGACUUCAUCUUCGGCAACGCCGCCGUUGUCCUACAGAACUGCAACAUCUAUCCCCGUCGGCCUCUUCCAGGCCAGCAAGACACCAUUACGGCUCAGGGCAAGGUGGACCCCAAUCAGAACACCGGGAUCUCUAUCCACCAAUGUGCGGUCCAGCCAUUGGGCGAUCUUUCGGGUGUGAGGGUCUAUUUAGGCCGACCGUGGAAGGCAUACUCGACCACUAUGUUCAUGAAGUCGUCGAUCUCCGGCGUUGUGGACCCGGCCGGGUGGUUGCCGUGGACGGGGAACUCGGCGCCGGAUACUAUUUUUUAUGCGGAGUAUGAGAAUUUUGGGGCUGGAGCGUCGACGAAGAAUAGGGUGAAGUGGAAGGGGCUGAGGUCGUUGAACGCGAGGCAGGCGGGCAGGUUUACGGCAGGGGGGUUCAUUGGCGGGGAAGCUUGGAUUGGGAAAGCCGGCGUGCCGUUCCAGUCUGGGCUUUAA